AUGUCCGGUCACCACUGUCGCAUGCGUCCUUUAACAGGCAUGAAUUUAGAUGGGGACUGCAGCAUGUCAGUCAAUUGUGGCAAUGGCAAACUUAGGCAGUGGCUCAUCGAGCAGAUUGAUAGCGGGGAAUACCCCGGCCUGGUCUGGGAGAAUGACGAGAAAACCAUUUUCAGGAUACCCUGGAAACACGCGGGAAAACAGGACUACAACCGCGAGGAGGAUGCUGCUCUGUUCAAGGCUUGGGCGCUGUUCAAGGGGAAAUACAGGGAAGGGGUGGACAAGCCGGACCCCCCAACUUGGAAAACGAGACUCCGCUGUGCCCUCAACAAGAGCAAUGACUUCGAUGAACUUGUGGACAGAAGCCAGUUGGACAUCUCAGACCCUUAUAAGGUCUACAGGAUCAUACCUGAAGGAGCAAAGAGAGGCUCCAAAUCUAGCAGCAUUGAGGACACCUCUGCUCACGUGACCCCCCUUAGUUACUCCAUGCAUCCUCCUUAUCCUCCUCUCCAGUCCCAGAUGUCGAGCUACGUGCUGUCCCCAGAAAGGAGGGACUGGAGGGAGUACAGCACAGAGCAGCCGCACCACCAGCCGUCGCACGCAGAGCUGUCUUACGGCCCGUGCCCUUACCCUCCUGCAAGGCCUCUACAGUGGCACGCGCCGCCCUGCGAUAAUGGGUACCAGAUAUCCGGAUCCUUCUAUACCUACACCCCGACAGAGUCCCAUCCAGUGUCAGUGGACCCCAGUAUGAGAUCAGCAGAAGCCAUGGCCAUCUCUGAUUUCCGCCUUCACGUGGCCCUCUACUAUCGGGAGUCCCUGGUGAAAGAGGUGACAACCACGAGUCCUGAAGGCUGCCGGAUCUCCUCCUCCCCCUCUCCAUCCUCUCCCUCCUCCCCCUCCUCUCCAUGCCCAGAGGACAGGCUGUAUGGGGCGGGCGAGUCUGUGCUCUUCCCCUUCCCCUACCCGCAGUCACAGCGCCGCGGCGCCGACAAGCUGCCCAAUGUGUUGGAGCGGGGUGUCCUGCUGUGGCUGACGCCUGAUGGACUUUACGCUAAGCGGCUGUGUCAGAGCAGGGUGUACUGGGAAGGGCCACUGGCGCAGUACUCGGACAAGCCCAACAAGCUGGAGAAGGAGCAGACCUGCAAACUGAUGGACACGCACCAGUUCCUCUCAGAGUUGCAGGGUUAUAUCCAUCAUGGACGCCCCAUGCCAAGAUACCAGGUGGUGCUGUGCUUUGGAGACGAGUACCCAGAUCCACAGCGACAGAGCAAGAUGAUCACAGCUCAGGUGGAGCCCAUGUUUGCCAGGCAGCUCCUGUACUUUGCGGGCCAGACCAACGGUCAUUACUUGCGGGGUUAUGAGAUUCCUUCUCAGGGGGCACUGCCUGUGGAGGACUACCAGAGAAGCCUCCAGCACAUGCAGGAAUGAACUCCUAAUAAGGAAACCCAGAACAGACUCCCUCAGCAAUGCUUCUCUUCCAUCAGCCUGCCCUGUUUCUCAUUGUGGAAGGAAGUCUACAAACAGCCACAACAUGGAAGCCCCAGCAGGCGAGAAGAGUCAGGACUGAGAUGAACUGCAAAACUGUCAAAAAAAAAGACAAUUCUUGAUAUGCCUCACAAAAU